AUGCCCAGAGGCCUUCUAUCUGCCUGGUGCCAGAGAUUCAACAACUAUGAAGCACCCCUCGACCUCCUCGGUCCUCACAAUGCCACCGAGACCCUAGACGCCUGGACCGCAUCUGGUGUGGUCAGGGUCUUGGUGGGUGAGGACCGAACGGUGUUCCCGCCCCGUCUCCGUCUCCGGAUUGUGGAGCAUGACGACUGGCGCCUGUGGUCCGUGCAGACAAAACGGUUCAACUGGCACGUCGCUGACGCUGGCCCGCCGCCGCCGUUCAUUACCCAGACCCUUGCCGCCGAGAUUUACACGGGCGCGUUGCAGCACAUCCAUUACCGAGUCACGGACGCCACUCGGCAGCAGAUCUCGCUCCUUCCCAGCAACGAGAUCCUCGACCUUCCGUUGGACGGUGACGCUGUUUUUCACUGCGACUACUCUUUCCUUGGAGAUCCGUACGACGUCGCACCCGUGCGCAGCUUUGCCGAGCUCGAAGAGAGUGAGGACGACGAGGACGACAAGCCUGAGGCCGACGCCGACGCCGACGACUUCGAGAACGAGAGCUCUGACACGAAGAAGGACGACAGCUCCAGCACCAAGCAGGACGAGAGCCAGGCCCAGUUCAGCGAGGGAAAGGGCGGUUACGAUAGCGACAACGACAUUGGCGACGCUGACGAGAGCGACCUCGACGAGAGCGGCAGUGUCUACGGUGACGAGGGUAGCAGCAUUGACGUUGACGAGGACGUCGACCAGAACGAGGCUUGCGAGGAGAGCGCUGUCGAUCACGAGAGCUGCCACGGCGAACACAACGACGCAGAGCCUUGCACCGACUCCUCCGAGGAUCUCAUCGAGUUCUCGAGCAGCAGCAACAGCUCCGACGACGACCCGUUCUACCUCGAGCGCCGCUACGCGACCGUCCUGAUGGCUCCUUCCGGUCCCAAGGCCCAGCAGCAAGCUGCGGCUUCGAACAAUGCCUCCACAAACAGCUCAACCCCGGCACCUGCCGCGGAGCCGCAGGUUCCCAAGGGACCUCACCCUGGCCACAUCCAGGUGUCGUGCCAAUACACGAGCGAGCAGCGCUUGCGCCGCAUGCUGAGAGACAACAAGAGCGAUCCGGCUAGGGAGGAUAGCUACCGUCUCCAAGGAGUGCAGCUGAUCGAUAACGUCCGCAACGUGCUCCAUGUCCCAGUCAAGACGUUCGAUACUGCAUGCGUAUACUACCACUGGUUCCGCCUCUCCUUCCGUGACGCCGAAUACAAUUAUCAGGAUGCUGCCAUGGCCUCGCUCUUCCUCGCCUGCAAGGUUGAGGAUACCAUCAAGAAGUCAAAGGAGAUUCUGUGCGCUGCGUACAACAUUAAGAAUCCGGAUCAUCCUACGACUCAAGAUGACAAGAUGUUCGAGCAGCCUUCCAAGAUCGUCAUCGGCUUGGAGCGCCUGAUUCUCGAGACCGUCGGAUUCGACUUCCGUUGCCGUUACCCUCAGGCCUCUCUCCAGAAGGUCACCAAGCAGAUUAUGGGCGCCGACGCCAAGGAAGUCUUUGCUAUUGCUAUGGAGAUGAGCAUCGACCUCUACAAGACCUUUGCUCCUAUCAAGCAGCCUUCCUUCGCGAUGGCUCUCGCCCUGCUCGAGCUCACCGCUCGCCUUCUUGGCACCGGCGUCGACAAAAUCGAGAAGGUCGACCUCUCCGUCUACCAUACCACCCGCCAGAACAUCGUCGAGACCAUGCUCGAUCUCCUGGAUCUCUACACCCAGCACCUCAAGUCCACCAAACUCGGCAACCGCUUCGACCUGAACAAGUUCAUCGAGGUCAAGAUCGUCAUUAACAAUGAGGUCGACAACGAUGACAAGCUCGUUCGGUACGCGCACUGGUGCAACAACUGCGACGGCGGCGAGGACGAGAACCUCUCGAAUGGCGUGUCCGUCCUCAAGAACAUAAGCUUCUUUGGUAGCAACUCCGCUAAGCGCAAUGGUCGCAAUCAGGACGGCACCAUGCGCUUCGUCUUCGAUCCCGAACAGGCCCGCUGCGAGCGCCGCGAGGUCGAGCCCUACUUCAAGGACGAGUACGAGGACUACGAGGUCGAGGUCGAGGUGCCCAUGGAGCCUGAGGGCAAGAACCACAAUCACCGCGACAUGAAGCGUGAUGGUGGCUGGGGCGGUGGUCGUCGCAAUCAUCACCACGAUCGUCGCAAGGGUCGCGGAUACUACUGA